AUGCAAAUUUCCCAAGCCAUGCUCAUUUAUUUGGUGCUUCAGAAAUCGGAUGAACAAACCAAUAAAAAGUGGAAAGAAUCUUUGGAUUUUAAGACGCUGCCGACGUGGGGCGACUGUGUGAAGGUGCUGGAAAGGCAUUGCCAAUAUUUGGAGUCGAUGGAAGCUAGCCACACAGGAUCAGCAGUUAUUCCAGGUAACAGCAAAGCUGCAUUAAGUAAGGUAAGGAAUCAGCCAAAGGGAUAUUCAUUUACCUGCUCCAAUACGCCGUGCUCUGUUUGCUCAAGCACAAACCAUAAAAUUUCUAAUUGCGAUCGUUUUAAGUCUUACAACAUCACCCAGCGAUUCGACCAAGCGAAGAAAAUGGGACUUUGCAUCAAUUGCCUGUCUAAAGGACAUCAAAUGGCUCAAUGCCCAUCAACCCACAGAUGUAAGGUUUGCUCAAAGCAGCACCACAGCUUACUCCACCGCGGGUCCACAUCAGCCCAACAGACAACAAAUCCUCCACCAUCACGCGAAGCCGCAGUGCACACACACAUGCACAAUUCGUCGUCUGACAAUGUUAUUCUAGCAACUGCCAUGAUUUUAGUUCGUGAUUCGUCAGGUGAUUACAGACUAGGCAAAGCCCUGCUAGAUUCCUGUUCUCAGGUGAAUUUUAUUACUGAGGAAUUCGCACAAAGACUGUCGUUACCGAAAGGUAAACAAAACAUUGAAAUCCAAGGCAUCGCCAAUGACUCGUUGGAUGCCAAGCUGGAGAAGCUAUGGAGAAUUGAGGAAGUAGCUGUCAAUGCCGAGCCUUGGACUCGCGAACAAACAACUUGCGAGCAGAUGUACAGAACCACUGUUUCAAGGAAUCCAGCUGGAAGAAUAGUAGUGAAAUUGCCAUUCAAGGAUGAUCCCUCCUGCUUAGGUGACUCGUACACCACCGCACUGAGACGAUUCAACGCACAAGAGCGUCGUUUAGCAAAAUUACCACACUUGAGAAAACAGUACGUGGAUUUCAUGGAUGAAUACGAGCGUUUGGGACACAUGAGCAUCAUGGAGAAUCCGAAUUUGGGUGAACCGCAUUAUUACAUCCCACACCACUGUGUGCUAAAGCCCACCAGCACAACAACAAAACUUCGUGUCGUUUUUGAUGCUUCUUGCCGGACUACAACACAAAUAUCUCUCAACGAAAUCCAAAUGGUUGGCCCUACAAUUCAGAAUUCACAAGUGGUCUUACAUUGGCUGAAGAUGCACUCAAUAACGCUUUCGGCGUUCGUUGGAAAUCGGGUUUCGGAAAUACAGGACUUAACUACGGGAGCCCAUUGGAGGUAUGUGCCAACACACAGUAAUCCUGCAGACAUAGUUUCCAGAGGAUGUACGGUGGCAGAACUCGCCAGCUCAAUUUGGUACACUGGACCUACAUUUUUAUACAAACCCAUGGAGGUUUGGCCUAAAAACGAAAACAAAGGCGUUGAUAUGGAAACCGUAGAAGCCGAGAGACGAAAGUCAGCAUUCACCACAACUAUAAAAACCAACCACAUUCUUGAAGUCGUCAAUAAAAAGAGCUCGUACACUAGCAGCAUUCGAUUAAUCGGCUGGAUGUUUCGAUUCGCUAAUAAUCUACGACCUGUUGUUAAGUCCAAUGAGUCAGGCCCUCUUUCCUCACAAGAAUUGCAUCAUGCCCUGCUUUGCAUAAUUUGGAAUAUACAACAAGAACAUUUCGCUAAUGAUAUUCAUCUUUUGCAGAAAAAUCUUACCACAAAUGGACAGUUGCGUUAUUUGAACCCUUUUCUUGAGUCGGUCAGAGGAUUUCAAUUACUGAGGGUUGGUGGGCGUUUAAAGCAGGCGGACAUACCAGAAGAGAGGAAACACCCACUACUAUUGCCAAGCAAAUGCGAAUUCAUCAUCAACUAUGUGCGACAUCUUCACCACAGUCAUUAUCAUGCUGGACGAAAGGCCCUCGUAGCUUUGAUAAGGCUCAAAUUCUGGAUUAUCAACGCGCGUGAAGUGGCAAGGCGAGUGGUCAGAUCCUGCAUACAUUGUGUACGCUACAAGCCAAAACUGAUGGAGCAAGUCAUGGGACAUCUACCAGUUGAGCGAUUGACUCCGUCACGCCCGUUCGCCCGCUGCGGCAUUGAUUUUUGUGGACCUGUUGACGUUUACCUGCGAAUUAGAGGCAAGAUACCCUACAAGGCCUACAUCGCAAUUUUCGUUUGUUUAGCUACCAAGGCAGUGCAUAUAGAAAUCGUUUCGAAUCUUUCUACAGAAGCAGCACCUCAUUUUGGCGGGAUCUGGGAAGCGGCCGUGAAAUCAGCAAAGGGCCAUCUUAAUCGCAGCAUGGCAAACUCACGGCUUACUUACGAGGAACUCACAACAGCCUUGGUAGAAAUCGAAGCGGUAAUGAACUCGCGGCCAAUAACACCAUUGUCUUCCGAUCCGAACGACUACGAAGCAUUGACUCCAGGUCACUUCAUCAUUGGCGACGCACUAAAAGCACUUCCGGAGCGAAACGUGUCAUCCAACAUAAGCCAUGCGCAACAGUGGGCACAAAUAGCUACAAUCAAACAAAACUUUUGGAAGCAAUGGUCACAUGAAUACAUCAACGAGCUACAAGUACGCUCAAAAUGGUUUGCAGAUCGGCCAAACAUCGAAAACAACACAAUGGUCAUCAUACAUGAAGACAACUUACCACCGCAGAAAUGGCUUAUGGGAAGAAUUGUAAAUUGCAUACCAGGAAAGGAUUCGAAAAUUCGUGUGGUUGAUGUUCGCACAUCGAAGGGAAUCAUUCGGCGCCCCAUCCACAAGCUAGCAGUUUUGCCAGUUUGA